AUGGAGACUGAGAAACGUCGGGGAUAUUCAUGGAGCCAGGACGUCCCUGAAGAUCGGCGUAAUGAGAUCGCCAUUCUUCAAGACCGAGAUGCCGAAGAGAUCUUGCCCUAUGACGCCGAUGAUUCGCCUUUUCCAGAAGUGCGGGCUGUCAUUCAGCCAGUCAAUGACUUGACGCUACCUGUAAAUACAGUCCGUAUGUGGACUAUUGGUAUUGCGUUUACUAUUGUCGGGAGUGGACUAAACCAGUUCUUCAGCUUACGACAGCCCAGUGUGACUAUCAGUGCUCUAGUGGCACAAUUACUGGCCUUUCCAGUAGGAUGUGCCUGGGCGAGGUGGACUCCUCUCGGAGUGCUGAAUCCCGACCGUCGUUUCAAUAUCAAGGAGCAUGCCUUGAUCACCAUCAUGGCGAACGUCUCAAUUGGCUCUGCUGCUGCUACCCAGGUAAUUGAGGCCAUUGUCAAGUUCUAUCACAUGCCAUCGCAAGGCGGGUUUGAGGUGCUAUUGUGCAUUACCACGCAAUUAUUUGGUUUCGGUUUAGCUGGUCUGGCCUCGCGGUGGCUGGUCGAACCGGCAUCGAUGCUAUGGCCGCAAGUUUUGUCCAAUGCAGCACUUCUAACUACUCUCCACUCUCGCCGCAAUACUAUCGCAGAUGGAUGGCGGAUCACUCGGCUUCGCUUUUUCCUUUAUGUGUUCUUUGGGAGCGCAAUCUGGUACUUCGCCCCGGGAUAUCUCUUCACGGGUCUCAGCACCUUCGCCUUUAUUUGCUGGAUUGUGCCAUCCAAUGUGGUAGUAAAUCAGCUCUUUGGGCAAACCACCGGACUGGGUAUGUCGGUAUUGACCUUUGACUGGGCCCAGGUGGUUUAUGCCAACCACAGCCCCCUAUUAGUGCCCUUCUGGGCUGGUAUGAAUGUGAUGGGAUCAUUUGCUCUCUUCUUCUGGCUCGUGUGUCCCCUCGUUUACUAUACCAAUACUUGGUAUUCCGCACACCUGCCGCUUCUAAACUCCAAUACCUUCGACAACACUGGGAGGCCUUACAACACCAGACGUAUCAUGGGCUCUCGGAGUGAAGUCAACGAAAGUGCUUAUCGGGACUACUCCCCGAUGUUUCUCCCUGCCGGCUAUGCGAUCACAUUUGGUGUCGCCUUUGCUAACCUGACAGGUAUUUUCUUCCAUGUCAUGCUAUACCAUGGCAAGGACUUGUGGGAACAAUGGAAAGGCAAUAGCAAACAAGACGUUCAUAGUCGACUCAUGUCUUCGUACCAAGCUGUCCCCUGGUGGUGGUCCGUUGCAAUCACUGCCGUGAUGUUUAUAUUGAGUAUUGUGACCAACGAAGUGUGGCACACGGACCUACCAGCAUGGGGUGUAUUUGUGGCUUUCGUAUUACCAGUGGUCUACUUUAUUCCUGUGGGCGUCAUCAAGGCCCUGACGAACAUCAGUAGCAACCAACUCAACCUGCUCACGGAAUUCAUUGGUGGAUAUGCCUUUCUCGGACGACCAGUGGCUAACAUGGCUUUCAAAUUUUACGGCUAUGUCGCUGUCCAACAGGGAUUGGAAUUCGUCGCCGAUAUGAAAUUGGCUCAUUAUAUGCACAUCGCACCACGGCUUCUCUUUGUGGCUCAAGGCCUGGCCACACUUAUUGGCGCCGUUGUUCAAUGUGGUGUGACAGUCUUCAUGAUCACCAGAAUCGAGGACGUGUGUACCCCCGAGGCAGCUGGAAAUUUUAUCUGCCCUCACGGACAGGUCACAUACUCCUCGUCUCUCAUUUGGGGUGCUGUUGGUCCAGGUCGAUUGUUUUCUGCCGGGCAGAUAUAUAGCAAUCUGCUUUGGUUUUUGCUUGUUGGACCAGCAGUAGUAGUCAUUACCUAUCUCCUGGGCCGUCGGUGGAAGUCCCUCAACUAUAUCUCCUGGCCCGUUGCCUUCGGUGCAAUGAGUCAAGUCCCACCUGCUACUGGUAUCAGCUUCUCCUCGUGGUGGAUCGUCAAUCUCAUAUUCAAUGGCAUACUCCGUCGCCGGAAGCCUGCAUGGUGGUCCAAAUACAAUUAUGUCCUAUCCGCCGCGCUGGACUGUGGCGUUGCAGUCGCCACAGUUAUUAUAUUCUUUUGCAUCACUCUCCCAGCUGGUUCAUUGAGCUGGUGGGGUAAUAACGUGUCUCAAACCACAGCGGACGGUAGAGGCACACCCUACAAGGGCUUACCAGCGCAGGGCUACUUUGGGCCUCCGAGGGGAACAUGGAACUAA